AUGUCCUCUGACGAGGAGGGCGUUCGACGCCCCGGCCGGGCUGCCGACAAUGAGAGCCCUGCGCCUAGCAACAAUGCCAACGACUCGGGUGCCGAAAACCAUACCGGCGCAGAUCAUAUGGAUGAAGAUGACAACGAUGAUCUCUUUGGAUCAGACGGAGAAGGCGGUCUCGACGACAUCGAGCCUAGCCGCAAUCUAGACGAUGAACAGCUCGAUUCAGGAGACGAUGAGAACCGCUACGAUCGACGGGAUGAUCACAUGGAGGAUGUUCAGGAAGAGCAGCUAGAAGUCAAUGUUGCUGAGCAGGACCUCGCGCGUGCGCCAGUUCCGCUGACGAAUGACGGAGAGGUUUACGCAAUGCGUAUACCCGACUUCCUCUCGAUUGAAGCUGAAGAGUUCAACCCCGAGACCUACGUCCCACCCCCAUACAAUACCGCUGCCACCUCUCUGUGCUGGCGCAAGGACCCAGCAGAUGACUCUCGAUUGCAAUCAAACGCUCGCUUCAUUAAGUGGGACGAUGGAUCAAUUACCCUUCAGCUCGCUUCCCAACCCCUUGAACAAUACCGCGUUGCAUCCAAGCCUCUUGCGCCCCUCGCCAGUUCUGGCGCCUAUGAUCACAAGCUUGACUCCCACGUUUACCUCGCGGCUGGCUUGGAAACUUCUCAAGUCUUCCGACUAACUUCGCAUGUCACUCACGGCCUGACUGUACUCCCAACUACAUUAGAGACAGAUGAUGCCGUUGCUCGAUUGCAGGAGCAGCUUGCUGCUGCUGGUCGCGGCAGCAAGCAAACCGCUGCGGGAACUGCGCCCAUUUAUGACCAAAAGGAGGAUCCCGAACUGGCUAGCAGACGUGCCGAAGUCAUGGAAAAAGAAGCCAUCAAGGCCGAGCGCCGUCGCCAGCAACUGGCGGACCGCGAGGCAGACCGUGGACGCCGGCAAGGUGGUACUCGCUCUGGACCCAGUGGUCUCAGCGUUGGUGGACUUGAAGACGGGGGCUUGCAUACUACACGUCCCCGUGCCAAGCCUCGUCGUCAGAACCGCCGCGGUGAGAUCUACACUGACGACGAAGAAGACUACCCUCGUGGCAAUACUCGCACUCGGGAAGACGAGUAUGAUGAGGACGAUGGAUUCUUGGUUGGCAGUGAUGAGGAUGUUGAAGAGGGCGACGAUGACGAAGAAGAGCUCGAGGACGAAGACAUGGAUGCUGAAGGCGAUGACGACGAGGAGGCUGCACCGAAGGCCCGCUCCAAGCCGGAGCCCAAAGCCCGGGCCGGUACACCACCCGCUCGCAAGAAGAAUCGUUACGUAGUAGACGAUGAGGAUGAUGAGUGA